AUUAUUAUUAUUAUUGUUGGGGAAAUGAAAAGAAAAAGAUGACGUAAGUGUUGUUGUGUCAUGUGAUCUGAAGUGGGCGUGUCCUAGCUCGGUUUCCCGGAAACAUGGAGGCUGUGCUGAGUGAUGUUGUAGCUCCUGAGGACCUCAAAAAAUUUGAAAAGAAGUACAACAACGAGCUGCUGAAGGGAGCUGUGUCCAAAGAAACAAAGUUUGAGUAUGCUUGGUGUUUAAUUAGGAGUAAAUACACAGAGGAUAUCAAGAUGGGAGUGGUGCUCCUCGAUGAGCUGGUUCACAAAUCCUCAAAGGAUGACUCCCGGGACUUUCUCUUCUACCUUGCAGUGGCCAACUACAGGCUCAAAGAAUAUGAAAAAGCCUUGAAGUACAUCCGGACUCUUCUGAGGAACGAGCCAGGGAACAAGCAGGCUCUGGAGCUGGAGAAGCUCAUCGACAAGGCUUUAAAGAAAGACGGCUUGGUCGGGAUGGCGAUCGUCGGGGGAAUCGGACUGGGCGUGGCGGGUUUAGCGGGUCUCAUUGGCCUGGCGGUGUCAAAGGGAGCAGCCAAAUCUUAACCUGGAUGGGAGAUGAGUGCUGGACUCACACAUUAACCUGAAUAAAAAACAAAAAGUGCUAAAAAGAGGUUGUUUGGAAGCUGAAUACAUGCUGCAACUAAUUCAAAGCAAAUUAUAUUUAAAUAAAGAGUUUUCAUACUUUGACAGGGUUGAAAUUCACCUCAUUUUCUUCUCUUCACAUAAUAAAGGUUGUCAGGCUCUAGUUCACUGUAUAAAAGUAUCUGAAAUUUACUAAGUUGCCAGUUGUUUUCUGUGCAAGCUGCAUGUCUGUCUAAGAGUGUACAGGUUUGUUUCAGUGUUUAUGAAUUAAGGAAAGUUAUUGAUGCUGAAUGAACAAUAGUAGGUAGUAUGAAGAGAAACAGCCAUGUCUUAAGUCCAACUGGAGGCAAUGAAGAUUUAAUUCAGACAUGCUCUUUCUUAUUAUCUGUUCAGACUAAGAUCCAAAGGAAUUAACACGUUCCCUUGUGUUAGAAGCUUUCCUAACAUUCACAUGUGUUAUAUUUAACAAUUGCUUUUACAUCUUGGUAAAUAAAACGACUGCACGAAUGUUUGUGUUGUCAGCUGUCGAUUCUCUUGUUUUUCACUGCAGAUGAUAAAUGAAAGGAGACUUCGGAGACAUAGAUUGGUAAAAGUGAUGUGGAGAUGGUGAAAUUAUGCUUCUUAAAAUAAAAAAAAACCCAACUA